CCCUAGUUUGGCCCAAAAUUUAGCGUGAGUGACAGUUAUGACCUCAUUUUUCAAAUAAGACAUUUACGGCCUACUUUUGAAAUUAUUGGACACAUUUGGCACAAAACUUGCGUUGACUGUUAAUACUAACGGGCAAACACUUAUUUCGUUAGUGAUUCAGCAGAAAACUGCUGAUGUGUUAUACAUGGUGCCACAUCAUUAAAUAGUAAUUUUAAUUUUGUCCCCAAUUAAUAAUAAAAAAUUAAAAACUCCUAAAAUCCCCAAAGAUGGAUCCGCUCCACUUCCUCCUCUCUGUUUCGGUCUAAAUCCACUUCAUUCUUCUCGAAUUCAAAAAAUCGCCAUGGUUCUCCAUCUCCAGUCCCUCCCCUACAUCAUCCGGAGGCUGCGAUGAGCUCCGCCGAGAACAAAAUCGAAGCUCCAGACUCCAGGUGAGUAAACGGUCGAUCCUCCCCUGCCACCCCGAUGACGGUUCCGACCCACAAAGUCAUCAUCCAUGAUCGGAUCCAGCUUCUUCACAACGAUCCCUCUCUCCCCUUCGCCGCUUCCUCCACCCGCCGCCGUCGACAACAAAGAGAAACUAUUCUCAUCAGUUGUCGUUGAUGUACCGUCCCUUGGGAACCCCGCCUAUUCUAACGAAAUUUCUAUUUUCACGGCAGCUUCUACUGCAAACGCCGUCGCCGAACAAACCCUCGGCGUAAAAAUUUGCCGCUCGCUGGUCGCAAUGGCGUCACCGUCGGGGUCGAUAUUGACACCCCCAGUCGCCACAACCUCCAAUCGGAAACAUCCAAGCUACAACGCACCAUCGGGAUUGAAAUUUUUUGCAGGAUCAAUAUACAUAGCACACAGCGGAAUUGCCGGCGAGACUAAGAGCUCGAGCGAGAGAGCGCCAGCCUAAUGUCGCCGGUAGAUGCGCCUGCGCCCCUGGGCAAGGCGAGGAGAGCUGUAGGCAUUCGUUACACCUGCCCACCCAGGAUUGAAAGAAUCCAUAUCUAAUUACCGAGGGAAAAAAAGAAUCCAGAUCUGGUGGUGACGCACGUUCCCCUGACGAGCUUCCUUCUCGAGAUUCCGUCUGAUCCGCCAUGGCCAGUAUUGGUUCUUGCUUCGGUUGCUUCGCCGGUGGAGAGGGAGAAUGGUGGUUAAGAGUCUCUUCGUACUCAGUCUGGCUGGUGGUUUAGAGCCCCGAUUCUGCAACGACGGCGGCGGAUGCUUCAGACUUCGGAGUCUCUUCGUUUCUGGGGGGCGAUGAUUCAGCCUCUGGUUGCUUACGCCAGAGGAGAGGAAGAAGGGGAUGAACCAGUCGGGACGGAGGCGGCGGGAGGAAGAGAUGAGGGUCGGAGGUUUGGGGAUUUUGGGUUUUUAUUUUUAUUAUUAAUUGGGGGACAAAAUUAAAAAAUUAUUAUUAUUUAAUGACAUGUCACCUUACAUAAACCACAUCAACAGUUUUUUGCUGAGUCACUAACGGAAUAAAUAUUUGACCGUUAA